GAUGAGCCUAAGGAUGAUGCCCCGCAGCCUCCUCCCCCGCCCAAACAUUACACAAGGGUUAAAAAACACAAAAUUGGCGAACCUUGAAUAAAAUUGAAUCAUCGGAAGUUACUUGAUGGAAUGUUGGACAUAUGUGGAGUGCCACCGCAAAAAUUCAGAACCAUAUGUUCAAGUAUUGACAAGUUAGAUAAACAACCUUUUGAGCAGAUAAAAAAGGAAAUGGUGGAGGAGAAGGGCUUAUCUGUUCAGACAGCAGAUGAAAUUGGUACUUUUGUGAAGGAAAGGGGACACCCUUUGGAACUAUUAUCUAAGCUUAAGCAGCAGGGCAGCAAGUUCUUAGGACACAACGGAUCUGCUGAUGCACUGAAUGACCUAGAGAUUUUAUUUAAAGCUCUUGAAGUGUCAAAGUGUAUUGACAAAGUGGUUUUUGACUUGAGUCUUGCCAGAGGCCUUGAUUAUUAUACUGGAGUCAUAUCUGAGGCUGUUUUUAAAGGUCGUGCACAGGAUGAGAGAUCUUUGUGUGCGACUGAGCGACCUAGGGCAAUCUUUGAGCUUGCAAUUGCCCAACCAGCACUGGAUAUGCCGGAGUUAUUGUGGAAGGGGUUUUUGACAAAGCCAUUAACUACUACCCAACUACAAUGA